AUGAUCGAAGGUCAAUGGGGGACGUUCUGCUCUACUUUCUGGGAUGAGAGGGAAGCGGGUGUUGUCUGUCGCCAGAUGGGCUUCUCCUCGGGUCAGAUGAGCACUACGCCCUUGGAUAGCAAGGGCACCGGCCCUGUAUGGAAUAAUAUGUUCCGGUGCAAGGGAAGAGAGAACCACCUCAAUGAAUGUCCGCACUCCGGUUGGAAAAAAUUAUCCCCGACGCUGUAUGGCUGUGGAACGCAUGACAGAGACGCGGCGGUAUUUUGCUACACGACUGGAUUAUCUAUCUAUUGUAUUCUGUUCAUAUCUAUCUAUAUACCUAUCCGUACAAUCUAUCUAAGUUUGUUUCUAUCUAUCUAUCUAUCUAUUCCAUUUUGUUAUCUAUCAGCGAACAGACUGAGAAAGCUAGCUAGCAUUCCCAGUCUGUUCGCAUCUAUCUAUCUAUUUAUCUAUCUAUCUAUCUAUUGUAUUCUAUUCAUAUCUAUUUAUAUACCUAUCUGUACAAUCUAUCUCAGACUGUUCAUUUCUAUCUAUCUAUUUAUCUAUCCCAUUUUGUUAUCCAUCUAUCUAUUUAUCUAUGUCAGUCUGUUCGCAUCUAUUUAUCUAUCUAUAUAUCUAUUUCUGUUCCAUUUUGUUGUCUAUCUAUUGUAUUCUCUUAAUAUCUAUUUAUAUAUCUAUCUGUACAAAAUUAUCUCUGUUCGUAUCUAUCUAUCUAUCUAUCUAUCUAUCUAUCUAUCAAUCUAUCUAUCUAUCUAUCUAUCUAUCUCAUUGUUAGGCUUUCGUAUCGCUCCGUUUAUGGGUAGCACGACCCUCACUCACGGACCUAUUGAAGUCUUCCGCAAGAACAACCAGUGGGAAUUGGUGUGCGACACGGGAUUCGAUGACCAGACCGCCGAAAAGCUAUGCUGGACUUUGGGUUUCAAAUCAGGGAAAGCACUCUGUUGCUCGGCGUACGGCAAUCAAAUGCGUACCGUAGAGGAAUCGGUUACCAUCACCUGCGAAGCGGGAGAUAUUACCAUGACGGAAUGUAUGCACCAGAAACCUUGCAAUUCGACCAGUUAUGCGUCAGUCUCCUGCUUUAAUACAGUAAGCAGCAUUACAGAAGAUUAUUAUUUUAACUUGAAGCAAAAUUCUUUAGGUCGUGGCAAGGUUCUUGUUGAUCACUACAACACAACGGGUCUAAUUUGUCCAAACGGCUGGGAUGACCGUGACGCCGAGAAGGAAUUAUCGCUUCUGUCGUUUGCUACAACCAUUCAGGUAAGAUUAUUUGGAAUAUUCUUCUAA